CCCUACUUAUGCGGCUUGCUGAUGACUCAAUUGACAACCUAAAUUUGAUUCUUUUGGCCAUUGUCGGAAUCCUCGGUCUUUGGGACUUGUUGCCAAUUUGUAGGAUAAUAGUGUAAAGGAUUCGUCUGAUGCUGACGUCCCGUCCAUCUUGGGUGAUCCUGGACGCAAGGUAAUGGGUUGGUGGGGUGACGUUUCAGACAAACUAAGGAACUUUUGGAUCUCCCAAUUAAGCUGACUGCGGGCUGAUGUAAGACAAUGCCGGGAUAGAGUUUGACCGCAUCUGCGAUAUAUUACGUCGAUUCCUUUGACCGUUAGUUGUGCUUGAAUCUUCUGCUUCAACGACACCGAGAAAAGUAGCCCGCAGCCUCAACAAGACACAUCGCACACGUAGGCCUAGGCCAGCAAACAUCAGCCAAAAUGGUAUCCGAAAUUCACGUUAUUUCCAAGCAAGACCUCUCGAAACAUGAGACAGUUGCAGUUGAUCUGGCACUGCCGCAGCUAGGCGUCUCUUCUAUUCGCGUCCGCACAUCGCUCAUCGGGAUCACGAGCAACAAUCUUUCGUAUGCGAAGCUGGGCGACAUGCUGCAAUGGUGGAACACAUGGCCCGUUCCUCUGGAUGCGCCGACUCCGUACAACAACCGGACCGAAUGGGGCAUCGUUCCGGCGUGGGGCUUUGCACGGGUGCUCGAGUCCAAUAUCGAGGGCAUCCCGGCCAAAAGCCUGCUGUACGGGUACUGGCCCACCUCUUCUCAUCCAGUUGACCUUUCUCUCAUCCCGAGCGAACCCAAGGGCCAUUUCCGCGAGGUCAGCGAACACAGACAGGGACUCGGGAGCAUGUACAACCGCUACAACCUCGUUGACGAGUCUGCUCAGUCGGAAGAGUUUCGGGCGUGGUUUGCCAACGUCUCUCCCAUCUGGAAUUGCGGUUAUGUCAUGAACCGCUUCACUUUCGCCACGGAUUUCAAGCCUGUUCAUCCUCUCGGCGCGGGAGCUGGGGAGUGGACCGAAAAGGAUGCGGACCUGAGCUCAGCCGUGGUAGUCAAUCUUUCGGCGUCUAGCCGUACGGGCAGGUCAUUCUCUUGGAACCUGACUAGGGACAGAAAGUCAGGUGGUGGGCCUUUGGCUCUCCUUCAAGCUACGUCUGCGCCAGAGUCUUUGAAAGCCGGGCCUAAGGCAUCGUUCGAGAUCAAGACAGUCAACUACAACGAGCUUGCCACGAAAGACAUCAUGGACUGGAUCGCCAAAUUGCAACCCAAACGCGUGGUCGUUGCUGACUUUGGUGGUCGCCCGAAAGCGACAGAAGAAUUCCGCGAAGCUAUUAAGGCAACACUCCCGGAGUCAACGGUGUUUACCAAUAUCCAAGUCGGAGGAGAGCCAAAGAUCAUGGCACCAGAGGAAACCCUCAAGGCGAUGGAGAUAUUCAAGAAGUGGGGACUUGUUCUGCUCAACACCACGGGUAUUGUAGAUGCUGGAAUUGCUACAGAGGGUGCCGAUAAAUACUUCAACGGCGCCGAAUCAACGUUCCGAAGGUUCCUUGAAGAUGGGAGCGUAGCAGACCUCGAGCUGGUUUGGGGAAGUGGCGUCGGAGGAACAAAUGGAAUUGAGAAAGCAUGGGAGAAUAUCAUACAGGGGACUUUGUCGCCCCAAAAGGCAUGGGUUUACAGGUUGGAGUAGAGUAUUGUCUGCUGUCAAUAAUAGCACAAACAUCGGUUUCACUGGUAGCUAGUAAUACAAUCCCGUCAUAACAUUUGGACAAAGGAAAGAA